AUGCUUCCAACGCCCUCAACGUCGCAUGUUUCGUACGACAGAAUCUACGAACCCGCCGAAGACUCGUACCUAUUUCUCGACACGCUCUCAUCGGCCUCGGAGACAGCAUGGCUCCAUUCGCGCUUCAGUACUGCUUCUUCCAACACCCAGAACCAGCAGACCACGGUAUCAACGACCUCAUCGACCUCAACACUAUUGCGGAAACGAACACCAUCGACGAAACCAACACCACCACCGCUCGUGGUUGAACUAGGUCCCGGAUCCGGCGUCAUCAUAGCCUUCCUCACCGCCCAUGCGCACACCAUCUUCGGUCGCGAAAUCCUGAGUCUCAGCGUCGACGUGAAUCCUCACGCAUGUCGAGCUACACGGACGACAGUCGAGACGGCACUCAACGAAUCUAAAGCAACAAGACACCAAGAAGUAGUGUCUGACACGGAGCAGACAACCCAACGGGAACAUCAUGGACCGCCGCCUACCCCCGACGACAACACCGAUCACAAACAGCCGUCCACCAGCAUCUACCUAGCCUCCCUUACAGGGGAUCUGACGACUCCUUUGCGGCAAGGCGAAGUCGACGUCCUGAUCUUCAAUCCACCCUACGUGCCGACCGAUUCUGUGCCGGACAUUGACGUUCUUCGAAAUACGUUCCCGGCGCCGGCGCCGAGUCCAAUCUCAAUUCAGCGCGAUAGAGAUGGCAGCGGAUGUAUGAAUGGGAGUAACGCACGGCGCAAACUAGAGUUGUCGUUCGAAGAAUCAUCGCAUCUCCUGGCCCUCUCGUACGCUGGUGGCGUCGACGGCAUGCAAGUCACGAUGCGGCUGCUGAAUGAGCUACCGUCUAUCCUGAGUCCUAGGGGAGUGGCGUAUAUUUUGUUCUGCCGGGGGAAUAAACCUGACGAAGUCAAAGAUUGGAUUCGUGGGUGGAACAAUCAUGGUGAUGGUCAUGAUGAUAAUGGCAAGAAUGGAGACGGAAAUAGGCCAGCCGGUAGCGGUGCGAGGUGGUCGGCCGAGACGGUGGGAAGCAGUGGGAAGACGGCUGGGUGGGAGAAGUUGGAAAUUGUGAGGAUAUGCAGAGAACCGUUUGCCGAUGGGCCAAGGGAUUGA